AUGGAAUGCUGCGGGUGCUUUAUGACUAAGGCCUAAUCAUCCACUCUCAGACCUAAAUCUCAAAACCCUAGAGUGAAAAGUGACAAAACGAAAAGACCGAAAAAAGACCAAGAGAAGAGGUCUAGACCCUUGGAGAAAAUGCCAAGUUUUAAUUUAAAUAAUAACUAGACAGAUUUACAAAUUGAAUAAUAGAAUAGGAAUAAUUAAGUUGAUUCAAGAGUAAAUAUCGACAAUGAGGUAACUCGCCAAGAGCCAAUUCAAUCUGAAUCUUAGAAGCUAGGAGUUAGUGAGGCAAUGAGAAAGACUCAUGUGACAAUGCUAAGUCUACAAAAUAACAUGUUCUAUUCAAGGGAAGACUCCUAGUUACACUCAUAAAUUACUAAUCAAGACAAAGACAUUAAAGUCAACAAGUCAGAAAACAAGCUAGAUCAAUUGUUCAUGUAGCCAAAUAUUUAUUAGGGCCUGGAUGGGAGAUGUCCAUUGUCUGAUGAACAGGAUUCAUAAGUUGCCUCCCCGCAAAGUUCUGCUCUGAAUUAAUCCCCCUUGAUUUAUGCUAUCAAAUCUUUCAAAUACUACUGCUAAUUUUGUUCCAAAUCGUUUCAAAAGUUAUUGAUAACAGAUUUUAAGCCAAAUAUAGACUAGUCAGUUAGGCUUAUUGGAAUCAAUGAACUUUUCAACUCAUCUGAAAGUAGGCUUACAUUGAAUUAAAAUACUUUAGAUCAUCAAUGCUAGUGUCCAUUAUGCAAUUAAAACGUCUAUUUGAUUUUGAAUGCUAGUCUUUACGUUGGAAGUCAAGAGCUAAUGGAAUGCUUCGAUAUAGUGAAUUCAGGAGAGAAUUUGAAUUUAAUGGAAUCUGAGUAUGAUUGUGCUAGUAGCUCAAAGUUAAAAUAGCAGCACCCUUCAUUUAUAAACAAAAGGUCACAUAAGAACUUGACACUAUCAGCACAAUUAAGUGAAUUCAUGGAAAAACAAUCAAUGGAUCGCAUUAUAUUGAAAAAUGAUUUGGACUCUUAGUCUUAAAUUAGCAAUAGACUCACUCAGGUAUCACUUAAAACUUAGCAUCUAAUGUUUAAGCAUAAAUUUCAAAAACUCAAAGGGUCGAAUAAAUAUGCAUAGAUGAUCAUUGUGGGAGAACUACCAUUGUCAGCAGCGAAAAAGUUAUAGCAAAGCAGAGUUCUUAGUUCAUCUGUAAUGAUGAAUAUGACUAGUUAAGAACAAGCAACGAUACAAUAAAAUCCAGAUGGACAAAGACAAUCAUUAAAGUCUUAGUAAGAUUCAAGAAACAAGCAUAGAGAAGUUGAUGGAAUAUCAAGACUCCCUCAUGUUUUUAAGACCCACCUAAAUUUAAAAGAAUAUCAAAAAACACCAGGAUAUCAAAAAUACACUCCUCCUGAUCUGAUUCACUAGGUCGACAAGAUGUAAUGCAUUUAAAUAAACAAGGAUGUAAUGAAAGCAAUGCUUGACAAUAAAAUGGCAAAGAAUAAAUCUUUUCUGGAGUUGAAAUUUAUUCCACUAGAUCACGGUAAUAGUAAAGUAAGGUUUAAGGCAUCAAGAAAUGUUGAUUUUGUUGGACUUGGAGACUCAGGGCCUGUGAAACAAACUAAGUAACUAGCUUGA